AUGGACCACAUCGAGACGUCGACGUGUCUACGCUUUGUCAAACGAGACCGCGAGAGAGACUACGUCCGCCUUUUAACCGGCGAAGGGUGCUACUCGAACGUUGGCCACACUGGCGGUCAGCAACUGUUGUCAUUGGGCCGCGGCUGCCUCUACCCCGGCACAGUGACGCACGAGCUGCUGCACGCAGUGGGCUUCCUCCACGAGCACACGCGCCCCGACAGGGACGACUACAUCGACAUCUUCCCAGAGAAUAUUAUCAAGGGUGAGCGUAUAUUCAGGAAACAUUCAAACGAGCCUUAUAUCACAAGAUAA